UGUGUUUGGGGUGGGCGAGUCCUGGAAGACCAUGCGCCGCUUCACGCUGUCCACUCUGCGGGACUUUGGCAUGGGCCGCAGUACUAUUGAGGACCGCAUCAUAGACGAGGCACAGCAGACGCUGGACGUCUUUGCACAAUACAAAGGCAGGCCUUUCAACCCCACAAUACACAUAAACUCUGCUGUUUCCAACAUUAUCUGUGUGCUGGUGUUUGGUCAACGCUUUCAGUAUGACGACCCACACUUCCUCCGUCUGCAGAGGCUGGUCAGUGAGAAUAUUCGACUGGCCGUCAGCCCUAUGACGCAGCUAUAUGAUGCAUUCCCUAUACCAAUAUUCCUGAUGGGUGAUAUUCAAAGGGUUAGGACCAACAGGGAUGAGGCAAAUUCUUACUUCAGGAAAGUCUACCAGCAGCACAAAGCAGAACAUGACAGGAAUGACGUGAGGAGCUUCAUUGACUGCUUCAUCGUCAGGCAAAAUGAGGAACACAACAACCCCAACACUUACUUUGAUGAGGAGAAUAUGGAGCGGUGUGUAUCGAACCUGUUUGCUGCAGGAACAGAGACCACAUCCACCACCCUUCGCUGGGGUCUCCUGUUCAUGAUGAAGUACCCCCAUAUUCAGGAGAAGGUGCAGGCUGAGAUAGAAAAUGUGGUCGGCAGAGAGCGCCCCCCACGAGCAGACGACCGCAAGCGCAUGCCAUACACAGACGCGGUGGUGCAUGAGAUCCAGCGCUUUGGGGACAUAGUUCCAAAUAACCUGCUCCAUGAGACCAAAGUGGACACCACCUUCAGGGGCUACCACAUCCCAAAGGGCACCCGAGUCAUCCCCCUGCUGUCCUCUGUGCUGUAUGACAAGACCCAGUGGCAGACGCCACACAAGUUCAACCCCGAGCACUUCCUGGAUGCAGAGGGCCGGUUUGUUAAGAGAGACGCUUUCAUGCCCUUCUCUGCUGGUCAGAGAAUAUGCGUUGGGGAGACCCUGGCUAAGAUGGAGCUUUUCCUGUUCUUCACCAGCUUCCUACAGAGAUUCACAUUCCAACCCCCCCCAGGAGUCCGGCCUCAGGAUCUGGACAUUUCGCAGAGCCCAGGGAUCACCUAUGCACCCAUACCCUAUGAGCUCUGUGCCAUCAGCCACUGACACAGAACAUAUCAAAACCCUGGAACAGAAAGAAUGGACAAAAAUGGCAGGCUUAUUGUCACAUGGUACUUUAAAUUUAAGUUCUACAUGUGGGAAAUAAAAAUAUAAGGCAGGAUUACUUCAUGGGGGGUACAAAACUGGAUAGUGGUCAAGUGGAAAAAGACUUGGGGGUCAUAGUUGACCAAAGCCUUAUAAGUCUAAAGAAGUUAUACUCACAUUAUACAAUACACUUUUUAGACCACACUUGGAGUACUGUGUGCAGUUCUGGGAACCGCACUAUAAGAAGGACAUAGAGGCACUAGAAAAGGUUCAGAGAAGGGCAACCAGAUUGAUUCCAUGUAUAAUACAGUUAUGAGGAUAGACUUAGAAUGCUUAAUCUCUUUAAGUUUAGUAAAUGGAGGUUUAGGUAGGAUUUGAUUGAGGCUUUUAAAUUCAUUAAAGGGAUUAACAAAGUGAAUUAUUGGGGAUUCUUCAGGUUGAGUUCAGUUAGCAGAACGAGAGGACACAAAUGGAAAAUGGCAAAGGAGAAAUUCUGUGCAGAUAUUAGGAAGUAUUUUUUCACAUACUGAGUGGUCAAUGUGUGGAAUAGCUUGCCAGUACAUUUAGUGGAGGCAGAAACACUGAGGGUUUUCAAGACCAGGCUUGAUAUGGUUAGAUUCUAUUUAGCUUUUAGGCAAAUUAGGCAGUUGGUACACUUAGGGGAAGGAAAAGGUGAGCAUUGCUGGGCUAAAUGGCCUGUUUUCGCCAUUACCUUAUAUUAUGUUAUGUUAUGUUAUGUUAUGUUAGUUGCCAUUGCACGCACACGCAGACACACAC